CUCUCUCUUUCUUCUUCCUUUUUUUCUUCACUUUCUCUCUCCUCUGUGUACUCUCUCUCUUCCAUUCAUUCAACAGCAUCCCUUUAUAUAGACUCUCCAUUCAAAACCAUAUCUAUCUAAUUCUAUCAACCAAAAAAAGAUUAUCUUUUUAAGGAUAUCCACACUCUGUUCUUUUUUCCAUCUCUCAUUUUUUACAACAAUCCCAAUUUUUUAGCGAUUUUGUUUCCACAACCCAGAAAUCUAGACACGACUAACGGAGAAAAUAAUUCAUACCCAGAUUUUGUUUCUCUUAAAUAUUUUGUGGGUUUGUCUGGUUUUUGAUUUUUCUUUGGUUUAAUCCUUUCAAAAUUUCAUUUUUCACCUUAGUUGAAGAGACAAAAAAGUUGAAGAGUCACAAAAAAAAAAGUUGAAGAGUCACAAAAAAAUUCAUUUUUUUUGUGUGGAGGAUCUGUGUUCUAGUGGAUUGUGUUAAGGGGUUUUGAGUUUUUUUGUUUUGUUUAAGUUGUAUGCUGAGGGAUUUUGGAUUAAGUGCUUCUUCCAUGGCUGCUGAAUCAAAAAAAUCUGCGGAUGAAAUGAAUAAGAAGAAGCUCCAUGGUGACUCUUCAGCUUCUGAGGCUAAUAAUUCCAACAUGGUUUCUUCAAAGGGUGGUGGAAGUUCACCAUCUGAUGCAAGAUCAUGUGUGUCAUCAUUAGGAGAUGCUUCUGGUAGUGUUAAAGAAGGGGAAUUGGAUCAUGAUUAUCAAUCGAUGGAUCCGAAUGUUCCGUAUUAUGGAUACUAUUAUCCAGAAUGAUCACAGGUUAUGGUGGUUUCUAUGGAGAGCCAGAAAAUCAAGGAUAUUACGUUGGUGCUGAAGCCGUCGAUUUUCAGUAUCCGGUCAUGCAAGCAGAUAAUGGAUCUUAUGUCUAUAUCAUGCCAGGGUUUCAGACUGGUUGCCCUUCGUACUUUCCUUUGAAUACUGCCGGUGUCGAUGGUCAAUACCAUGUCUACCCUCCUGGUUCGGUUUAUCAACAACCGAUUGGAUCUCCUGGCUAUUAUCCAGCUUCUUUACCUUAUGCCGAGUUACUUCCGUCAGCAUACUCUUGGGAUUCAUCGUUAACCGCACAAGAUGUAUCGCAAAGGAAUCGUUACAAUAAUUUGGUUAGUAAACCGAGUGGUAGGUCUAAUUUUUCUUCCGGUAGUGGUAUGGUGUCGAAGUCUAUGCCUUCGUCUAAUGUGAGCAACUCAUCCGAAGUAAAGGGUUCGCCGCCAUUAUUAGAUGUUUCGUCAACUCACGUUAAGCGUAACCAGCCAAAACAAGCAAACAAGGCAUCGAUUUCUGGUCCAGUUCUCCACUCUGACACAACUACCAAAGGAUCUUUACCUGUUGCGAAGUUUUCUACGUAUAAUCAAGGAAAGAGUGGAUUUGCCUAUCAAAACAAUGUGCUUAACGUGAAAGCGAAUACGAAGGGAUGGGUUAGUACUGAAAAACUGAAACUAAGAAACAAGGUUAACGAAUCACUUAACGAGCAGAAUCAGAGUCCUAGAACUUCUAUUGCGAAAGGUGCUUCAAUUUCGGGAGAUAAUUCUGCGCCAACGGUAACAGUCAACGAGAGUAGAAACGGGGACGGAAAAAUCAGGACAGAUCAGUAUAACCUUUCUGAUUUUCCAACCAAAUACGAUCAUGCACUUUUCUUUGUCAUCAAAUCGUACAGUGAGGAUGAUGUUCAUAAGAGCAUCAAGUACGACGUAUGGGCGAGUACUCCUAAUGGGAAUAAGAGACUUGACAAUGCGUUUCAGGAUGCACAGAAUCGAAUGGAAGAGAAAGGAAGCAAGUGUCCUGUAUUCCUUUUCUUCUCGGUCAACGCUAGUGGUCAAUUUUGCGGAGUAGCCGAGAUGAUCGGUCGCGUCGAUUUCAACAAAAGUAUGGAUUUCUGGCAGCAAGACAAAUGGAAUGGAUAUUUCCCUGUCAAAUGGCACAUUAUAAAGGACGUUCCAAAUCCUCAACUACGACAUAUUAUCCUCGAGAAUAAUGAUCACAAGCCUGUAACAAACAGUCGAGACACACAAGAGGUACCUUUUCCGCAAGGUAUUGAAAUACUCAACAUUUUCAAGAACUACGCAUCAAGAACAUCGAUAUUAGACGAUUUUGAUUUCUACGAAAGCCGUCAAAAGGUAAUGCAGGAGAAGAAAACAAGACAACCUAUGCAACAAACUAGCAACACACAGCAUAUAGAUGACUUAACAAGUGCGCUCGGGUCGGUAGACAUAUCAAGUGUAAAGAAGAUGGAAGAUUCUAAGUUGGUUGAGAAAGUUAAUGACUAAAGAGAAUAGAAUCUGAUGCAAUGCUAUUCCAGUGGACCUCGCCGCGCUGGUGCUAUUCCUAAGCAAUGAAGCAAGAGAUAUCAUGAGUUCGAAGUUGAAGUUCGUAAACGAAAAUUCUUGCCGAUGCUUGAGAAAAUGAUGGUUGGAUUGAAAAAAUUAGAAAGAUGAAGUUUUCAAGAUGGGAGGGAUAGGAAAUUGGUGUUAGAAGGGAAGGUUUAGUUUUGUUUGUUUUUUGUGCACAUAAAAGGUUGAGUUUGGUUCUCCUUGUUAUUGCCUUAUUGGUGUUGUUUUUUCUUUGUAAUUGUAGAGUUGAAGAGUACUAUAAGAGAUGGUUUGAUUAGGACAGGUACCUGUAAUGUGUUGAAAAUGAUAGGUUGUUUAAUGGAUGAUGACUGGGAAGUUAUUGGAAUUGGGAAGUUUCUGACCAAUUAUAUUUUGAGGUAUAUAAUAGUUUGGGUGUCGAAGAUUAUUUUACUA